CCGGGAUGAGGCAGAGACCGAACAGCCGGCGAGCAAAUCAACGGCAUCCAGAAAGCCAUGUCCGACUCGGCGCCCAGCGCCCAAGCGCUAACCCGCUGAAAGUUUCUCAGCGAAAAAGCCGGGACGAUCUGGACCCCGCUAAGAGAAACUGCCUUUGAGUGAGAUGGUCCCAGAAGCCUGGAGGAGCGGACUGGUAAGCAGUGGGAGAGUGGUGGGAGUUUUGCUUCUGCUUGGUGCCUUGCACAAGGCUUCUGCCGUCAUUCGCUAUGAGAUCCUGGAGGAAAGAGAGAAAGGUUUCGCGGUGGGCAACGUGGUCACAGACCUUGGCUUGGAUCUCGGCAGCCUGUCAACCCGCAGGCUCCGGGUGGUGUCUGGAGCUAGCCGAAGAUUCUUUGAGGUGAACCGGGAGACCGGAGAGAUGUUCGUGAACGACCGUCUGGAUCGAGAGGAGCUUUGUGGGACCCUGCCUUCCUGCACCGUAACUCUGGAGUUGGUAGUGGAGAGCCCACUAGAGCUGUUCAGCGCGGAAGUGGUGAUCCAGGAUAUCAACGACAACAAUCCCGCUUUCCCUACCCGGGAAAUGAAAUUGGAGAUUAGCGAGGCCGUGGUGCCAGGCACGCGCUUUCCGCUCGAGAGCGCGCACGAUCCGGAUGUGGGAAGCAACUCUUUACAAACCUACGAGCUCAGCCGAAACGAGUACUUUGCGCUUCGCGUGCAGACGCGGGAGGACAGCACCAAGUACGCGGAGCUGGUGCUGGAGCGCGCCCUGGACCGGGAAAGAGAGCCAAGUCUCCAGUUGGUGCUGACGGCGUUGGACGGAGGAACCCCGGCUCGCUCCGCCAGCCUUCCUAUUCUCAUCGCCGUGCUAGACGCGAAUGACAAUGCGCCUGCCUUCAACCAGUCCUUGUACCGGGCUCGCGUCCUGGAGGAUGCACCCCCCGGCACCCGCGUGGUACAAGUCCGCGCAACGGACCUGGAUGAAGGCCUCAAUGGUGAAAUCGUUUACUCCUUUGGUAGCCACAACCGCGCCGGGGUGCGGGAACUAUUCUCCUUAGACCUUGUAACCGGAGUGCUGACAAUCAAGGGUCGACUGGAUUUCGAAGACACGAAACUCCACGAGAUUUACAUACAGGCCAAAGACAAGGGCGCCAAUCCCGAAGGAGCACAUUGCAAAGUUUUGGUAGAGGUUUUGGACGUAAAUGACAAUGCCCCGGAGAUCACAGUCACCUCCGUGUACAGCCCAGUCCCUGAGGAUGCCCCUCUAGGAACUGUCAUCGCUUUGCUCAGUGUGACCGAUCUGGAUGCUGGAGAGAACGGGCUGGUGACUUGUGAAGUUCCACCAGGUCUUCCCUUCAGCCUUACUUCUUCUCUCAAGAAUUACUUUACUUUGAAAACCAGCGCAGCCCUGGAUCGGGAGACUGUGCCAGAAUACAACCUCAGCAUCACAGCUCGAGACUCGGGAGCCCCGUCCCUCUCAGCCCUUACAACACUGCGGGUGCAAGUGUCCGACAUCAACGACAACCCUCCACAAUCUUCCCAGUCUUCCUACGACGUUUACGUGGAGGAAAAUAAUCUCCCCGGGGUUCCCAUACUAAAUCUAAGUGUCUGGGACCCCGACGCCCCGCAGAAUGCUCGCCUUUCCUUCUUUCUUUUGGAGCAAGGAGCUGAAACUGGGCUAGUGGGUCGCUAUUUCACGAUAAAUCGUGACAGUGGCGUCGUGUCAUCCUUAGUGCCCCUGGACUAUGAGGAUCAGCGGGAGUUCGAAUUAACAGCUCAUAUCAGCGACGGGGGCACUCCGGUCUUGACCACCAACAUCAGUGUAAACAUAUUUGUCACUGAUCGCAACGACAACGCCCCCCAGGUCCUAUACCCCCGACCUGGCGGGAGCUCGGUGGAGAUGCUGCCUCGAGGUACCGCCGCUGGCCACGUGGUCACGCGGGUGGUAGGCUGGGACCCAGAUGCAGGGCACAAUGCCUGGCUCUCCUACAGCCUCUUGGGAGCCCCCAACCAGAGCCUUUUUGCCGUGGGGCUUCACACGGGUCAAGUCAGCACUGCCCGUCCAGUCCAGGACACAGAUUCGCCCAGGCAGACUCUCACGGUCUUAAUCAUGGACAAUGGGGAGCCGUCGCUGUCCACCACCGCGACCCUGACUGUGUCAGUAACCGAGGAAUCUCCUGAAGCCCGGGCCGAGUUCCCCUCUGGCUCUGCCCCUCGUGAGCAAAAUAAAAAUCUCACCUUUUAUCUACUCCUCUCUCUAAUCCUGGUCUCGGUGGGGUUCGCAGUCACAGUAUUGGGAGUGAUCAUAUUCAAAGUUUACAAGUGGAAACAGUCCAGGGACCUAUACCGAGCUCCCGUGAGCUCCUUGUACCGAACACCAGGGCCUUCUCUGCACGCAGACGCCGUGCGGGGAGGCCUGAUGCCGCCGCACCUCUACCAUCAGGUGUACCUCACCACCGACUCGCGCCGCAGCGACCCGCUGCUGAAGAAGCCUGGCGCCGCCAGCCCCCCGGCCAGCCGCCAGAACACGCUGCGCAGCUGCGAUCCGGUGUUCUAUAGGCAAGUGUUGGGUGCAGAGAGCUCCCCUCCCGGACAGGUAAGAGUUAGCAAGUCAUCCAUAAUGAUAGUAAUGCUUUUUGAUUCCUGCACCAUGUUGUGGAAGUAUGAGGUGUUUUUUAGUGAUGAAGAUAUUUACCUAAUUAUGCAUCUACAUUUUCACCUGGCCCUUCCUAGAGCAAACGUUGUACCUUUGUGAGGGGGAUGGCCUGGCUAGAGUGUGGUUUGUAGUCUCACACAGUGUGGAGUUAAUUGACUCAUCUGUAGACGCAAUCCACACACACCCUCAGCAUUCACUUGCCAUCACAACUAACCAAUCUUGGUAAGGGAUCUUUAAGCUAUAACCCAAGAUCCCAGCACUCAGAGCUUAGCUUGGUGUCAUUGGGAACAAGCUGCUGGAUACCUCUAACCAGUGGCAGCCGCUAGGAAUAUAAAAACUACCUCAUUCGUCCAUCUUGCAAAUGAUUGUGAGAUCUGCAUUAAAACUCAUGGUUUGCUUCUAAUUUUCCUUUGCCGACACAGAUCCUGUACCUCAUUCUCAGACGAUUUUCUAUGAAAGAAAUAAAAUUUUACACAUCCUUUAAAUUUUAUUUCAAGCACACUACUGGAAAUGAUGUGUAUGUUAUUUACAAAAUAUUUUUAUGUUAUAGUAAUAAUGCAUGUGCAUUAUAGAAAAUUUGGAAAAUGCAUAAAAUUAUAAAGAAAAAGUUAAAACUAACUAUAAUCCCCAAAUCCAAAGAUAACCACCAUUAAUUAUAAAAGUAAUCAUUUAUUUUGAAAAUAAAUUCAGACAAUCUAAAAAAAGAUAAAGUACAAAAUGAAAGUUCUUUUGUACCCGCAGUGUUAUUCCCUAUCCUUCCAGCAUUAUUCUUCUUAGGUAUACACACAGUGUGAAAGGUAGGUAAACUCCUAUCUUGAGAAAGGUAAAGCUUUCAUUCAUUCAGGAUGGUGUGCAAGUGACUGCAAGGCCUUUGUCUUGGAGUGAUACUUACACACACUUCCAAUUGUGGGAAAAUCAUUGUUAUUUUGUUACUAAUAAGUAUAUUAUUGCUACCAACCCUUAGAUUUGACAGUUAGACAAAUGAGGCUUCACCACUUACCAACCAUGAGUCCUUGGCCAAGUUAGUCUCCUUUCUAAGCCCAGUUCUCAGAUGCAAAAAGGGAAUAAAAAGGACUUCAUAAGAUUACUGCAUGACACAUGCACAGUGCCUGGUGUAUCAUACAUGUUAAAAAAUUCUUACUAUUACCAUUAUUUUUUUGUUAGUUCUUUACCCACCCCAAAUCUUAAACACAUCUUGGAAAUGAGCAAAUCUGGAGACACCAAAGAUGACAAAGUAGAGGCAUAUAUGGAAUGGCCAAGGAGGGAUGAAAGCCAGAGAGAAACAGCUGCUGCUCUUCCGAUCAGACUAGAAAUCAACUGGCAUUUUCCCUAGAACAAUGUUCUCAAACUUGGUUACACACUAGAAUCACCUAGGGAUCUUGUAGAAAUUCUGAAGCCCAGACCACACCCCAGACCAAUUAGAGCACAAUCUCUGGGGGUGGGACACAAGCAUCAGUAUUUUUUGAAGGUCCUCCAGUGAUUCCAGUGUGCAGACAAGUUUGAAAACCACUGCCCUAGAACCUGCCAGUCUAUCAGUUGGCAUAUUUAUGAAGUAAAGUAUUAUUCUGGUGUUCACGGAACCAGGAGCCAGCCCUAUUGGGCCAGGCUGAACUUGAAAAAAUUCUGUCAUGUUAUUUCCUAACCUUAUAACUUUACAUAGAUUAGAUCUAGAAGAGUAUUGUAGGGGAGAUAUAAGAAGAUAUGUCAAUCAUUUAAAGAGAAAACCUUCCUAAACUACUUGCACUUGGGCAACUGUUCUUUAAAAAUCUAGAGCUGGGCAAUGGGUAUGGAAUUUCUUUUGGGAGUGACAAAAACUUUCUACAAUUAGAUUGUGGUGAUGGUUGCAUCAUUUUAGUGUAAAUGAAUAUACUAAAAACUAUUGAAUUGUACACUUUAAAUGAAUGAAUUGUAUGGUAUGUGAUGUACAUCUUGAUAAAGCUGUUUAAAAAAUCUAGAGGUGGGAGAAUCACCUUCCUGAAAUAAAAAGGUCAAAUCAAGGAUAUGUAAGAUUAAGGCUUCAUGAUGCUCCAGUUCUAGAAAUACAGACUGUGUGCCUGUUGGUUUUGGUGCGAACUUGCAAAUAUAAGGAAUUGAGACCUAUAGGAGGUAUAAUUCUUGGCAUUAGUAAAGGGCCAGUUUAUGGUUAUAGGGAUGACAAACUGGUGGGAAAAUCAUUUAAGAUGUUAUAGAAAGAGGCUUUGUUUCUUACCAGAUGGACCAGGGGUACAGUAGGGGAUAUGAGUACUGCACAGACUAGUUGUUUAGCUUAGGCAAGUCUCUUAACCUUUCUGAAUUCUGGUUUCCUCAUCUAUAAAAUAAAGAUAAUACCUCCUUUCAAAAUUGUCAUGAGAGUGAAAAGUAAUGCAUAUAAAGUGUUUGUACUCAAUGUAAAGUACUCAUAUAAAGUACAAGUAUUCAAUAAAUAUUUGUUGAACUAACAAAUGAUAAUAUCAAUAAUUCACCAUUUACUGAGCAUCCCUAUUUGCCAGACAUUGUAAAAGAUGAAAAGACACAGUCCCUGCCAUUAUGGUACAUGGAGUUCCACAGGAGACAGAUAUGCAAAAAAAAAAAAAAAAAAAAAAGGAUAAUGGAGAUUUGCA